AGCAGUUGCCCAUCGAUCAGCUGGAGAGAUCGUUCGAUCAGAAAGUGAGUGAGAGAGAGAGGAGGCGCAGCUAUAGCUUAUAGCUAGCAUGGCGUCGGAGAAGGUGGAGACGAUCGUGGCGGGGAACUACAUGGAGAUGGAGCGCGACGUCGUCGUCGGCGGCGGCCAUGGCGACGACCAACCCGGCGGCGGCGACGCGGCGUCGUCCGGGGCCAGAGCCGCCGGCGGCAAGAAGAAGCUUGGGCUGUCGUCGAGGCUGUUCUGGCACGGCGGGUCGGUGUACGACGCGUGGUUCAGCUGCGCGUCGAACCAGGUGGCGCAGGUGCUGCUGACGCUGCCCUACUCCUUCUCGCAGCUGGGGAUGGCGUCCGGGGUGGUGUUCCAGCUCUUCUAUGGCCUCAUGGGCAGCUGGACCGCCUACCUCAUCAGCGUCCUCUACGUCGAGUACCGCACCAGGAAGGAGCGUGACAAGGUCGACUUCAGGAACCAUGUCAUCCAGUGGUUUGAGGUUCUUGAUGGGCUACUGGGGAAGCACUGGAGGAACGUCGGCCUCUUCUUCAACUGCACGUUCCUCCUCUUCGGCUCCGUCAUCCAGCUCAUCGCAUGUGCAAGCAACAUCUACUACAUCAACGACAAGUACGACAAGCGGACAUGGACGUACAUCUUCGGCGCCUGCUGCGCCACCACCGUGUUCAUCCCCUCCUUCCACAACUACCGGAUCUGGUCCUUCCUCGGCCUCCUCAUGACCACCUACACCGCAUGGUACCUCACCAUUGCCGCCAUCGCACACGGUCAGGUGGAAGGAGUGACACACUCAGGUCCAAGCAAGAUGGUGCUCUACUUCACGGGGGCCACUAACAUCCUCUACACAUUUGGAGGCCAUGCUGUCACUGUGGAGAUCAUGCACGCGAUGUGGAAGCCUCAGAAGUUCAAGCUCAUCUACCUGGUGGCCACGCUCUACGUGCUGACACUGACGCUGCCAUCCGCCUCCGCCGUCUACUGGGCGUUCGGCGACAUGCUCCUGGACCACUCCAACGCCUUCUCCCUCCUCCCGCGCUCCGGCUUCCGUGACGCUGCCGUCAUCCUCAUGCUCAUCCACCAGUUCAUCACGUUCGGGUUCGCGUGCACGCCGCUCUACUUCGUGUGGGAGAAGCUGAUCGGCGUGCACGAGACGGGGAGCGUGGCGCUGCGCGCCGCAGCGCGGCUCCCCGUCGUGGUGCCCAUCUGGUUCCUGGCCAUCAUCUUUCCCUUCUUCGGCCCCAUCAACUCCACCGUGGGCUCGCUGCUGGUCAGCUUCACCGUCUACAUCAUCCCGGCGCUGGCGCACAUGGCCACCUUCGCGCCGCCGGCCGCCAGGGAGAACGCCGUCGAGCGGCCGCCACGCGGGGUCGGCGGCUGGGCCGGGAUGUACGCCGCCAACUGCUUCGUCGUGGCGUGGGUGCUCGUCGUUGGAUUUGGGUUUGGAGGCUGGGCUAGCACCGUCAACUUCGUCCGACAGGUCGAUACCUUUGGGCUCUUCACAAGGUGCUACCAGUGCCCGCCCAAGCACUGACGACACGAUCAUAUCGACGAGAUUGUUAACAGAUUAUACGCCUGCGUGCAUGCUUGAAUUUCAUGAGGAAAUUAAACAUGCUUGUAUGCAUAGGCAUAGACAGAGACAUCAAGAUUAUGAUAUGAUGAAGAGCGUGUUUCGUCAUUUCCAUGUCGUAUGUAUGGCAACGACAUGCAUGGUGCUCGAUCUUGUCGCUACGUGUGGAGUAUGUAUGUAUUUAUGAUGUGUGUAUCUUACAUUAAUUAAGAUAUAAUACAUAUUGAUGGAAUUAAUAUACAUUGAUAAAAGAAAAUCUGAGUAGUAGCUAGCCGUGUCAAUUGAAGUUGAUGUAUUUUGGUUUAAAAGUUUUCUGGAGAAAAAA